AUGGGUCGUCCUGAGACCGAUCGGAUACAGAUGGGCCUAUCUCAAAGCACUCCCCUUUCUCUCCUCGUUGCUAACUUCAGGGAUGUUAGAACCAGAGGACAGAAUUUGAGUCUAGACAUCCGGAGGGGAAAAUUAAUAACCCUCUGCCGCUCCAAAUGGCCAACCUUCGGCGUUGGAUGGCCAACCGAAGGAACUUUUUGCCUCCCUAUAAUCGCUAAGGUGAAGUCAAAGAUUUUUCUACCGGGUCGCGAGGGGCACCCGGAUCAGAUUCCCUACAUUCUUGUAUGGCAGAAUUUAGUGGAAAAUCCACCCCCUUGGUUGGCCCCCUUCCUAUCCUCGGGAACGUGUAAGGUCCUUGCCAUACGGCCUGCAGAUCCCCCAAAAUCAAGGACGCCAGCCGCGCCCUUGUAUCCCAUAUUGCCCAAUAGUCAGGACCUACUAUCCCUAAAUCCUCCACCCUAUCAUCCCCCUCCGCUCGUACCCCAGGCCCUGCCCGCAGCAGCCGCCCCACCAGUCACCCCGCUAGUUGCCCCCCUAGGGGAACCGGGAGGACAGGAAGCGGCAGCUGCGCCGGAACCAGGAGGACAGGAGGCAGCAGCCGCGCAGGGCCCCAUUGAAAAUGAAACCAACCGCGAGAGGCCAGCCAUCCGAACCUGCGGACGCACCCAGCGUGAGCCAAACCCUCGCCUCCCUGACUCCACUGUGGCCCUACCCCUGCAGGAAAUAGGACCCCCAGAUGAAACAGGCAACCCCCGACUCCAGUAUUGGCCCUUUUCCACCAGUGACCUUUACAACUGGAAAACACAGAACGCUCGAUUCUCUGAUAACCCUAAAGACCUAAUAGCUCUUUUAGACAGUGUCAUGUUCACCCACCAGCCCACCUGGGACGACUGUCAGCAGCUCCUCUGCAUCCUGUUCACUACAGAGGAGCAAGAGAGGAUCCAAUUAGAAGCAAGAAAGCUGGUUCCCGGAGACGACGGUCAGCCGACAUCUAACCCUGACCUCAUUAAUGCGGCUCUCCCCCUAACCAGACCUCCACAGGACGAAUGGGACUACAACACGGCAGAAGCUGCCAAGACACCCGAAGCCUGCAUCCAGGGAACCGAAGGUCUCCUGCGAACUCUGGGAACCUUAGGCUACCGCGCCUCAGCAAAGAAGGCUCAGAUCUGCAAGUCAGAGGGACUGCUGUUGAACCCCCUCAGGGUCAUCUUCACCCCCUCAACGGCCCUGAACCCAGCAUCACUGCUGCCAGACCCGGACAUGGGAACCCCACUUCAUGACUGCGCCGACAUACUGGCUCAAGUUUAUGGGGUCCGGGAGGACUUGCAGGACCAACCAUUAUCGGAUGCGGACGCCAUCUGGUUCACCAAUGGAAGCAGCUUCGUUCACCAGGGACAAAGGUAUGCAGGGGCGGCCGUAACUUCAGAAACCGAGGUGGUUUGGGCAGAAGCCCUACCCCCCGGAACCUCGGCCCAGAAGGCUGAACUAAUAGCCUUAACCCAGGCCCUAAAAUUAGGAAGAGACCGCAAGCUAACCGUGUACACUGAUAGCCGAUAUGCCUUUGCCACUGCUCAUGUACAUGGGGCGAUAUACAGAGAACGGGGGCUCCUCACAGCUGAAGGGAAAGACAUCAAAAAUAAAGAAGAGAUUCUAGCCCUGCUAGCAGCCUUAUGGGAACCCAAAAAGCUAGCGAUUGUGCAUUGCUCAGGACACCAGAAGACAACCGACCCAGUUUCCCGGGGCAACAAUUUGGCCGAUCAGACUGCAAAAAACAUAGCUCGGCCCCCAGCGCAAUUACUGACCCUACAGCUGCCAGACCCUGGACCCCGGGAAUUGCCCCCCAGCCCUGAGUAUUCAGAAAGCGACAUUCAAUGGAUGAGUAAACUUCCUAUGACCCGAAUCAAAGAUGGCUGGUGGAGAGACUCCAAAAGCAGCAUUAUACUCCCAGAUAAACUAGGAUGGCAAGUUCUAGAGCGGAUCCAUUGCAGCACCCACUUAGGUUCCCGGCGAAUGUUGGACUUACUGAGACAGACUGGACUAAAAAUCAGAAAUGUCUCUGAUAAAGUCGAUCAAGUAGUCACUAAAUGUACAGUGUGCCAACUCAACAAUGCGAGUAGCAAUCCUCAGACAACAGGGGUAAGACAAAGAGGGAGCAGACCGGGGACCUAUAGAGAAGUAGAUUUCACUGAGGUAAAACCAGGAAAAUAUGGACAUAAGUAUUUGCUAGUUUUUUGUAGAUACCUUUUCAGGAUGGACUGA